AUGAUGAAAAAUAAUUAUUUAUUCGAUAACUGUAUUUCACGAAAUAAUGAGUUUAAGGAAGUAGAAAAGGAAUUAAAAGAAUUUAAGAUACAACAGAAUGAAACAUUUGAUUUUUAUUUGAACAGCAUUGAUGAUUUGUUGGAAAAGGUUCAACAGGUUAAGAAAAAUUUAGAAGAAAAAAUUGUAAAAAAAGAAAAAGAAAUUUGUAUAAAGAAUAAAAACGAUGACAAAAUCGUUUUAAAUGAAAUUAAAAACAAAUAUGAUAUCAAGGAACUAAUUAAAGAUGUGUCUGGAAAAAAUUUGACUGAAAAAAUAUGUGAGGAAAAUAAAAGAAUUUAUAACAUAUUAUUAUAUUCGUAUAGAGAUAUUAUAUCUAUAACAAAGCAAGAGGUUCCUGAAAUUUUUCAAAAUAUUAAUAUAAAAAAAAAUAUAGUUCUUAAAUUAAUAUUAUUACAUUUUUUACAGAAUGGUGAUUUUUUUAUGUAUUAUAUUUUAAAUAAAGAAAUUUUGGAAAAAAGAAAAAUGAGAAUGGAAAAAAAAAAUAUAAAAAAAAUAAAUACACAUAAUACAAGCGAAUUUUAUUCAGGAUACAAUAAGGAUCUACAUAUUGGGAUAAAUAAAAACAGUACGAUUUAUAAUUUUGACAAAAUAAAUAUAAAAAAAAAUGACAUAAAGUUGGAGAAAAAUAUAGAGGGAAUAAAUAAAAGUGAAAUAUUUUCUAAUUUGAAAAAUUUCGGAGUGUUUAAAAAAAUAGAGACAUCUAAUAAAGAACACAGUACUAGUUAUGUUCCUUUCUCGAAUGAAGGUGUGGAAAACAAUUUGAUUUAUAAAAAAAAAGAAUUUAAUAAUAUAGAAUGGGAUGAUAAAAAAAAAGAAUAUUUGAUCAAUGGAAAAUAUUCUAUACUUUUAAAUAAUAUAAAAAAGUGCAAUUUUACUAAUGAAAAAAAUAACGAUACAUUGUUAUUUUAUGAAUUAAAAAAAGAAUAUAUAAGUAAAAUAUGGUAUGAAAAUAAUUAUGAACAAAUAGCAUUUGAACAUGCAUUAAUCAGAAAAGAAGUAUUUGAAGGAUAUAAAAAAUAUCAUACAAUUUUAUAUAAUAUAAAAAAUUUUGAUGUGAGUUCAUGUAUAGAAUGGUAUAAUUUGUGUAGUGAAAAUACAAAAAAAAAAUAUCAUAAAUUGAUAUACUUUUUAGAUUGUAUGAAUUAUUUAAUAUCAUCCAAAGAAAACAAAGAAAAAGCUUUAACAUGCUUAAGAAAUCUUAUGGUAAAUUAUAAUGAAAAUAAAGCACAUAUAUCAAGAUUAAGUUCUUUUAUAUGUAUAGGUUCUGAUAAUUUAUUAUUUAAAGACAUGUUUUUAAAUAUUCAUUCUCAAGCUUUUAAUUAUUUUAAACAAGCUUAUAAUGAGGAAGGAAUAAAUAUUAAGGUGUAUAAAAAGAAUAAACUUGAAAAAUGUGUAAAUAAUAAUUUUCUAUAUUAUAAUUAUGAUAAAGUGGCUAAUAAAAGAAAUAAAAAAAUAAUAAAAAGGAAUAAUGAAAGAAAAAAUAAUUCAAAACACAAUAUUAAAGGUAUAAAAAUUAAUAAAUCACAUUUCAAUGACGAAGAAAACAGAUGUUUACUUGCCACUCAAGGGGGAUCAAAUUUAUUAGUAGUAGUUCCUAUUCUAACAAAUAACAAAAAAAUAAAAAAUUUUGAAAAUAUAAAAAUUGUUGCUGAAGGAAAAAAAGACAAAAAAAAAAAAAAAAAAAAAAAUGAAAAUAUUUUAAGGAGAAGUAUAAAUAAAAAUAAGGAAAUGGAAAGAAAUAAAAAUAGUUGCUUAAAAAAAAAUAAAUAUACAUAUGUUUAUCAAAAAAUUGGGGAAGAAAGAGAACAUAAUAAUAGGUUAAGGAAUGGGAAAAAAAAGUCAUACAUAUUUUGCCAAAAAGAAUACCCAUUAAAUAUAAAAAUAAAUCAUAAUAAUACACUAGUCCAUAAUUAUAUGUACAAAGGAAAAGAAUAUGAAGAAAUAAUGGGAAAAGCAAAAAAAUAUAUUGAAAAAUUAAAUAAGGAAUAUAAUUCACGUCCUUUAUGUGAAUCAUACAUAGAAAGUAAUAUAGAUAAAUUAUUUGAAAAUGAAAAUAAAAAUAAAUUAUCACUUUUAGAUAAUUUAUAUAGUUAUAGAUGUGAAAAUAAUCAUAGUACUACAAAUUUGAUAUUUAAAAAAAAAAAAAAGCAAAAUAAGUAUGAAAGAAAUUUUGAAAAAAGACAAGAUAUUAUAGAUGUACAUGAUAAAUUAGAAAAAGGAUGGUACAUAAAUAUUUGUUCGCAUACAAAGGAUAUGUUAUCUGAAGUUCAUUCAGAUCAUAGACAAAGAAGAUGUUUAGAAAAGAUAUACAGAAAUAAACUUGAUUGGAUUACCAGUCCUAAUGAUAUGCUAAGAAAUGACAAUGAAAUUUAUCUGUAUAAAAAAAAUGAAAUGGAUUCUUUUGAAUACUAUAAUAGAACCAAUUUAUAUUUGGCAUCUAAAAUAUUAAAUAAAACAUCUCAAUUUUAUGACGAUAAUACUACAAAAAUUUUACAUAAUACAGUUCAAAACAUAAAUAGUGGUUAUCAUGCAAAAUGCAUAAAUAUAAGAGAUGAUUGGAAUAGCAAUUAUGACAUAAAUUUAUUAUACUAUAAAUAUUCUGGAAAUAGGAAUAUUAUAAAUAAUAUGCUUCCUUAUUUUUCGAUAUUUAAAAAUGGUUAUUUUUGUGAUAUGACACAUAAUAAUAAUAAUACAGUUAAUUUUUUGAACGAAUCAUGUUUUAUUAAAAAACCAAAUGAACUAAAGAGAAAAAUAUCAAGAUGUAAAUUUUUAACGAAUUUUUCUAAAAACGAAAAAAUAGUAGAUGGGAUUGAAUCAGAGUUGGAGAGUGAGAAAAAAAAAAAAAAAAUUAAAAACAAUCAUGAUAAUUUGUUAUCAGAAAGGGAAGAGGUUAAUAGUGGUGAAGAUGGAAUAGAUGAUUAUGGAAAUAUUAUUGAUUCACAAAUGUGUAAACCUAAAAUUAUAAAAAAGGAACCUAAAAAUUGUGAAGAGGAGAAGGGAAACGAAAAGGAGCGUCUCAGCUUGAAAAGUACUGCUUCUUCCAGUUGGAAUAAUUCAGUUAUAUCAUCAUUUAGUGAUGAUAAUACAGAUUCUGAUUCUGAAUUUGCAUCUAAAAAUGCAUAUUUUUGUACCUCGUCAAGUUCAGAUGAAAAUGAUCAUAAAGACAUUAAUAAAUUAAAAGAAAAAAAUGAUAUUAUUAGAGAAGAAUAUUUAAAAAAAAAUACGAUGGAAGCAUUAUCAAAUAAAAAUAACACACAAGCAUAUAAUCGAGCAACAUUAGCUGUAAAUAAUACAAGGUUAGCAAAAACAUCAAUCGAUGUUAGCCGAAUUUUAUUAACACAUGUAUUAACAAAUAGAGAGAUAUAUAAUUUGCAUAAUUCUUUAUCACGAACAAAUAGUAAUUUAGAACUUAGACGAAUAUACCUCAGAUGGAGUAAAAAAAAAAAAAAAAAAAAUGGAAAUAAAAGAACAAAUAUUUCUAAAAAUAAGAAAAAAAAAAAGGAGAAAAAUGAAAGUUAUUAUGAAAAAUCGAAUUCAAAUGAGAAAAAUAAUAAGAAAAAUCGUAAAAAAAGCAAAAACAUGAAAAAUAGGAAAAGAAGCAAACCACAUGGUAUUAAGUCAUGUCAAACAGGGGUAGAGGAAAAUAAAAAUGAUGGAAAAAAGGAUAAAAAAAAUGAUAGUGAAAUGAUGAAGGAAGUUAACAAAUUUGAGGAAGAUGAGAAAAUGGAAAAAAAUUAUAAUAUUUCAGAAAUUAAUAAAAACGAUGGUCAAAUAAAGAAUUAUAUUGCAGUAUCUAAAAGGGAUUUAUUUUCUACAAAUUUAGAUAACAAACUAGAUGUCAAUUCAGAGAAAAAUGCAGAAAAUUUACAAUGUGCAAUAACAAUUACCCCCAAUAAAAAAAUAAAUAUAAUUGAAGAAAAAUUAGAAAUACAGGAAAAUAUAAACAAAAUUGAGGAAAAAGAAAAAAAAAUGCCUGAUUAUACAAAAUCUGAAGAAUUAAUAAAAAGAAAAAAUGAUGAAACUAAUGAAAAUGUGGAUAAGAUCCAUAAUGCAAGUUUUGAAACUAAAGAUGUAGAUAAAUCAAUGGGUUCUAUUUCAAAUCUUGAAGAAAAUUCUAAAAAUAUAAAAAAGAGUAAUCAUAAAUUUGAUAUAAAAGAGAAAGUCGAAAAAGACGAGAUACCAGAUGAAGGAACUUUCGAAGAAUCAACAAACUCAGAACCUACUAGAAAAGGUAUUAUUGAGAUAGAUGGGAAUAAUAAUAAUGAAGAAGAAAAACAGAUAGUGUUAAAAUGGGAAGAAAGCGAAAAUAGAAAUAAAAAUUCUGGAAGCACCGAUACGGAAAACGCGGGAAAAGACGAUCAAAAUGAAUCUAAAGAACAGAAAAAAAAAACAUUAAAAAAAAAAAAAAAAGUUUUUUUUGGAUCAUAUAAAAAAAAUAUGAAAAACAAAAAUUAUGCUCCAAAUUUUUUACGUGAAGAAAAAAUGGGAAAAAAAAAUAAAAGAAACAAAAAUAAAGAAAAUGAUAAAAAUCUUAAUAAAAAAAAUAAAGAGUCUUUUAAAUUGGAAACAAGUUUGAAACCUCCAUUGGACGGUCGAAAUAAAUGCCGAAAAAAUAAUACAUAUAGUAGCAUGCAUGAAAACGAGAGCAAAAAGGAUAAAAGUAAAAUUUCUGGAAAAAAAAAAUCCCGUAAAGAAACAAACUUAGAAAAUAAACAACUCGAAAAAAAUAUUGUCAAAGAAACAGAGAAAAAGGUGUUUAUCCCCUUAAAGAGUCCUCUUUCCAUAUUAUUAUGUGGAGGGUUGAUAAGUUCAAAAAAGUUGAUAGAAGCUGAAACCAUUUUAAAGGAAAACAACAAAAGAUUAGAGGAAUUAAAAAAUAGCACUUCAUUGAACCCUUCAGAUGGGAAAAUUGCAGACAAACCAAUUGAAAAAUUGAGGAAAGAAGAUAAUAAAAAAAAUAAAAAACAAAAUAGUUCUCUUAUUUCUAAUUCAUUAGCGAUUGAAGUUGAUUUAAGUGGGUCUUUUUUUUUCCAUUCAUCUUUUACAUGCCCUAUAAGUAGGGACAAAUCCUCAAAGGACAACAUGCCUUACUUAUUAACAUGUGGUCAUGUUAUUUGCAAAAAUUGCGUUGAUAAAAUCCAUGCGCAUAGAUCAAAGCAGUUUAAGUGCCCUAUGUGUCCCCAGUAUUUGAAUUUGCUAGAGAUCAUUCCGUUAUACUUUAAUUAA